AUGGUGGACUGUAAACCGUUGGCUACUCCGGUUCCUGUGUCCCGACCUUCUUCUGAUUCUGUGGUUCCCUAUGCGGAUCCCACGCAGUAUCGCAGUUUUGCUGGGGCUCUACAGUAUCUUACUGUUACUCGUCCGGAUCUCUCUUUUGCUGUGAAUCGGGUCUGUCAGCAUAUGCACUCUCCAACCACUGAGCAUUGGGCUAUGCUCAAGCGUGUUCUGCGGUAUGUAAAAGGAACUCUGCACUUUGGCCUUUUUAUUCGUCCUUCAUCCUAUGUUGCGGUUCAUGCCUUUUCGGAUUCGGACUGGGCUGGUGAUCCAGCUGACAGGAAGUCUACUAGUGGGGUUUUGCGGUUUUUCUUGGUGGCAAUCUGA